AUGCCCCUGAACUUCUUAAGGCUCCGCCUCAGAGCAACUUGGUUCUCUCUUGGUAUUCUUGGCAAUAAUUCUUGGACAUUUCUUGGCUGUCUUGGUUGUCUUGGCUGUCUUCAAGUUCUUGAACUCCUGGGAAGUCUUGGUCAUUCUUGGAAGGCCUUGGGACGUUUUUUCUUGAUCGUUUUGAUUGUCUUGGACUCUUGGUUGACUUCUUGGACACUCUAUUCGACUCUUGGUUGUCUUGGAGUCUUGGCAAAGCGGCUCGAAUCCUCGAAUCAAUCGCCUACGCAGCGAGACUCAACGUCAGCGGGAGGUGCAGUGAUAAAAGCAGUGACACAAUCACACAAGCAAAGCCAAGAAGUUCUUCUCGAUUGA